AUGUGGCCGCGCAACAACAAGUCCUCUCAGGAAGACAACCAGAAGGAUGAUACCGGCUUAGAAACUGUCAACCAUGGAGAUGUCAAGACAGAUAUGGAGAGUGCCCAUAUUGAGAAGAUCGACGCCAGUGUGGACAAUAUCGCCACUAGCAUCGACAACUUACCAGUCAGCUGGUUCGUGUGGCUUGCAGCCCUAACCGCGUCAAUGGCUGGUCUGCUCUUUGGAUAUGAUACUGGUAUUAUUUCUGGUGUGCUGGUAUACCUGGGCGACUCUCUCGACAACAGACCGGUGACGAGUAGCGAGAAGGAGAUGAUCACUGCUCUUUGCUCAGGGGGUGCGUUUGUUGGUGCUAUCUUUGCUGGAAACACCGCAGACAAGUUUGGCCGCAAAAUGGCAAUCUACCUCGGCUGUGUUCUAUUCAUCGCCGGCGCCGUCAUCCAAGGCGCGUCCUACACCGUCGCCCAAAUGGCCGUUGGCCGACUCGUCAUCGGAUUCGGCGUCGGCUGCGGUGCAAUGGUCCUGCCAUUAUACGUCGCAGAAAUCGCCCCAGCCAAAGCCCGUGGAAAACUCAUCGGUUUGAACAAUAUGUCCAUCACCGGAGGCCAGGUUGUCUCCUACGCAAUCGGAGCUGCCUUUGCCAGCGUCCCCAACGGAUGGCGAUACAUGGUCGGACUGGGUGCCGUGCCUGCCAUCGUCCUGGCUGUGCUGAUGCCCUUCUGUCCCGAGUCACCUCGUCACCUGGCAUACAAUGGUCGCAACGCAGAAGCCAGACUCGUCCUUCGGAAGAUUUACAAAAAGGCUACCGAGGAUCAGAUCGAUGCUGUCUUACUCUCUAUCUGUUCUGCCUGUGACCAGGCCCGCGAGAUUAACGAGAGCGGUUCUCGAUUCUCGAAGAUUAAGCAGCUGCACACUAUCCCAAGUAACCUCCGCGCUUUGAUUAGUGCUUGUGGCUUGAUGGUUAUCUCUCAGCUUUCUGGUUUCAAUGCUCUGAUGUACUACUCGUCUACACUAUUCUCGCUGGUCGGAUUCGACAACCCUACUGCCGUUGGCCUUGUUGUUGCAGGCACCAACUUUAUCAUGACCUUCGUCAAUAUGAUGAUGGUCGAUACCAUGGGUCGUAGGAAGCUGCUUCUGUCGACUGUGUGGGGAAUGGCGGUGGGUAUGAUUGCCAUUGCUGUUGCCUUUAUGUGGAUUCCCGUCGACCUGGACACGAUGGAGGUUACCAGCCAUGGGGUCUCCAGCGCUGCCAUCGUUGUCCUAGUGUUCAUCAUUUGGUUCGUGGUCUUCUACGGCGUUUCAGUCGGAAACACCGCGUGGAUGAGCACCGACUUCUUCCCUCUGGAGGUUCGCGCUAUUGGAACUAUGUGGUUGACUUGCUCAAACUGGGGAGCCAACGUUAUCAUCUCUAGUACAUUCCUGUCUAUGAUGAAAGCUUGGACUCCGUCUGGAGCAUUUGGAUUCUUUGCUGCUAUCUGUGGCCUUGGCUACAUCUGGCUCUACUUCUUCUACCCGGAGGUUUCUGGACUUGUUUUGGAAGAGGUUAAGGAGGUCUUCGAGCAUGGAUUUGGUGUUAAAUAUGCUCGGGAACUUCGGAAGGAGAGGAAGGAGAUUAUUGAGGAGAGGAUGAAGACUAUGGAGAAGCCGGUUGCUGCUGGACAUUGA